AUGGCCCCCGUUGCAAAGAAGCGGCGCCGUGGGCAUGUUGGCGUGAGGUUCUACGACGGUGAUGAUGACGAUGACGAGGCUCCCAGACGUCGAACACUAGGGACCCUCCAUCAGCACACAUCGUUCGCAACCACCACAACAGGGAUAUCCACUCAAACAUCCCGCAUCCCUGUGGCAGAUCCCACCACGGCGGGCACGAACCCUGUACCUUCGGUCUCUGCCCAUCAGACCAACGCGGCCCUUGACGAUGUUCCUGUGCCAGGCCCGGUCGUCGAUCCAGACUGGGAGAGGGAACUCGGCGAAGACGACGCACUUGGCACGCUGUCUCCUGAUUCUUUCGUAGAUAUUGGCGAGUAUCUAGAGGCAACCAAAACCCGAAAACACACAGCUAGCGACCAUCCUCUCCUUGAAUGGUCUAGGAACUGCGUCGAUGAGUGGCUUGCUGAGCUCGUUCGUCACGAGGGACGUGGCAACUUUGCGUACGACACUUGUGCUGGAUGCGAGGCAGGGGAGCCGCAACUCUUUCGCUGCGAUGACUGUUGGGACCCACGGUUCUACUGCCAAGAUUGCACCCUUACUCGACAUCGUCGCAACCCGUUCCAUCGACUCAAGAUGUGGGAUGAGACACGACUCCGUAGAAUCACUCUAAAACAGCUGGGAUUGCGGAUCCAGCUAGGUCAUGCAGUCGGCGACCUAUGUGCAAACCCGCAGAGAGCGUUCGGCGAUGACUUCGUCGUCCUGGAUGUUUCUGGAAUCCAUGAAGUGGCCCUUGACUACUGUGGUUGCGAGGGUGAAGAAACGAAGCCCAUUCAGCUGCUCCGUUCGAGACUACUGCCGGCUACGAGCGUCGAUCCGAAGACGGCGGCGACAUUUCGUCUCAUGGAGCACUACCACGUCUUGCACAACCAGACGAAGGCGUCCGGUUUCGAGUUCUACAACACACUCUUGCGGUUGACGGACAAUACAGGGACACUGGACCAGAAGGGACGAUAUGGGAGUCUCAUGCGCAUGGCGCGCAUGUGGAUUCAUCUCAAAAUGCUCAAAUGA